AUGCAUAAGCGGAAUAGUCCAGCUUCGAAUCGAGAAGAGCCGAAAGAGCGUUUGAGUUUAUCCGGACUUGUCCAUAAUUUUCGGUUUUCAUUUGACUCCAAAAAACUGAGUCCGGAAAGAAGCACCUUCUUUUCUUCUUCAACGUCUCUGACACCAAGCUCACAACCAUUUUCUUUGAGACGCGAGGAUGAAUCUUUGCUCACUGCUCUAGAUGUCCGGGACGAUACUGAAGAGGCAAACUACCUUUUGUCUAGCCAUGUUGGACUUGUCUUUGGAGACGAGAUACUCCCACCGCCUCCGCCAAGGAAAAGUCACGGCAGUUACAUACAGCUGAAAUUCCCUCUGAGAGCUGAGUUUGGUGAUGCGAUUGACGACUUGGGCGCUUCAAGACCCAAACCUAGCGUGGGUCGGCCCAAGGAUAUUUGUUUCAUUUGCAAGGACACUCUUGAUUCGAAAAUGGACAGUGAACGAAUCCUCACUUUGGAGUGUGGCGACAGAAUCCACUCUGAUUGCUUUGAAAUCAAUGUCGAGUGUGCCCUUGAGUAUGCGUUGGAAUUGGGUAUGUUUAAGGAGAAGCAAACUACCCUGAAGAUCAGAAGCGUCGUGUUCCCCAUUUGUGAGGGUGACAAAUGCAAGGAAGACUUUCGAAAAUGCACUGCCUUUCCUAUUGAUGAUGAAUAUCUCGCUAAAGUUCUUUCGGGAGUCUCUCUUAAGAUCAAGCUCUCAGCGGUAAACCCCGACAUUGGAAUCUCACAAAUUUCGCCAGCCCCAGCGGCUUCAACACCACGCUCUCGAGAAUCUCAGUAUUUUAUCAGAGACAAUCUCACAUUGAGGCCAAGGUCUGAUGUUCACUCCAUGGUAAACAAAAGCUUUGACUCCUACAGCCACUUGGAAUUGGCUCCAGCUCCAUGUUCUACUCGAACGUCGUUCGCCUCGAAUACUGAGCAUGAAAAAAUGACGUUGGAACAAUUGAAGAGCUACUUUCUACAGCACUUUGUGAACGUCCACCCUCGCGUUGAUAUGGUAUUCGUGAUGAGUCUAGGUCCUCUUAGACUCGCCGACAUAUUGAGUGUCAGCAUUAAUGGCGCCGAGUAUUUCGAGAGAACAGUUUACCUAUUCGCCGAGUAUGUUGCGAUAACCAAUAAUGGUUUGCAUCCAAUGUUGUUCCCUCUCAACAAAAAAUGCGUUAUCAGCACCCCUGAAGUGUCUGUCUUCCAGUUUUCUUCCAAAGACCCAAAUAUUCCAUCGUUAAGAUUACACUCCAAAGAUGAUGCCAUCAUCGAGAAAUGGGGCAUUGCUGUAUCCGACAGGCUGUUGCUCAUCCCGGUCGAACUUCUUACGUCCACUGUACAGAUAUCUGAGUUAAAGUAUACUACUUUUAAGCCAUCUUUGGCCGAUAUGGGCCUUAAUGUUGUUGGUGCUCGUCUGAGUUUGUUGAAACACGCCACUACAAGAAUUAGCCCCAUUCAUGAGCUCGACCAAGAAUCGAUAGCCUCAGUAUAUCUUCCAAAUGAGAGUGCCGCAUCGACGGACUUCAACUUGGAGCAGGAAAUGAUGAAAAUUGGGCUUCUCGGCUCCCCAUUUCCGACAAAAACUGCCUUUGAAGAGUCGCCUAUUAUGCCUUUGAGAGUUGUAAGAGGUCGCGCUCGGAAAAGAGUGUCAACAAUUACGGACACAGAUCUUGAUUCAGAUGAGGAACUCAUCAGACCUCAUCGCAACCCUUAUAAGCUCACUGGUUGA